CCGGAUAAGCCGAUGCAAGCAGGGCAUCAUCAUCAUGGCGUCCUUGAAAGGUUAAGGAUAGUGCGGCAGAUGGUCUUUCAGGCUGGAAUAACUCACACCUGUGAUUGUUUUUCGUGGAAAUUGUUUCCAUUUUCAUUUUUAACAAUGAAUUCAGGGAUAAAGUGAAUCAAGUGUAUCUUUUAAGCUUGACUUGCCAUAUUCGCAGCCACCAUGGGGGAGCUUUUCAGAAGUGAGGAGAUGACACUUGCACAGCUCUUCCUCCAAUCUGAGGCAGCUUACUGCUGCGUCAGUGAGCUGGGAGAGCUGGGAAUGGUCCAGUUCCGAGACCUGAACCCUGACGUCAACGUGUUCCAGCGCAAGUUCGUCAACGAGGUGCGACGCUGCGAAGAGAUGGACCGCAAGCUAAGAUUUGUGGAGAAGGAGAUCAAGAAAGCCAACAUCCCAAUUAUGGACACUGGGGAGAACCCUGAAGUUCCUUUCCCAAGGGAUAUUAUUGAUUUGGAGGCUACCUUUGAGAAACUAGAGAAUGAGCUGAAAGAGAUCAAUACCAACCAGGAGGCCCUGAAGAAGAACUUCCUGGAACUGACGGAGUUGAAACACAUCCUGCGUCGCACACAGCAGUUCUUCGAUGAGAUGGAGGACCCCAAUCUGCUGGAGGAAUCCUCCUCUCUGCUGGACCCCAGCGAAGCGGGACGUGGGGCACCUCUGCGUUUGGGGUUUGUGGCUGGAGUUAUCAACAGGGAGCGCAUCCCCACGUUUGAGAGGAUGCUGUGGAGGGUGUGCCGUGGUAACGUGUUUCUGCGACAGGCCAUGAUCGAGGACCCCCUGGAAGACCCCACAACGGGGGACCAGGUUCACAAGUCGGUGUUCAUUAUCUUUUUCCAAGGAGACCAGCUGAAAAACAGGGUGAAGAAAAUAUGUGAGGGAUUCCGCGCUUCUCUUUACCCAUGCCCGGAGACUCCGCAAGAAAGGAAGGAAAUGGCAGCUGGGGUCAACACCCGCAUCGAUGACCUCCAGAUGGUGCUGAAUCAGACUGAAGACCACCGUCAGAGGGUCCUGCAGGCCGCCGCCAAGACGAUGAGGGUCUGGUUCAUCAAAGUUAGGAAGAUGAAGGCCAUAUACCACACCCUGAACCUCUGCAACAUUGACGUCACCCAGAAGUGUCUGAUUGCCGAGGUGUGGUGUCCCGUUUCUGACUUGGACUCGAUCCAGUUUGCCUUGCGACGGGGCACGGAGAGGAGCGGCUCUACGGUGCCCUCCAUCCUCAACAGGAUGCAGACCAAGCAGACUCCACCCACCUUCAACAAGACUACCAAGUUCACCGCUGGCUUCCAGAACAUUGUGGAUGCCUAUGGCAUUGGGACAUACAGGGAGAUCAACCCAGCCCCAUAUACCAUCAUCACCUUCCCCUUCCUCUUUGCUGUCAUGUUUGGUGACAUGGGCCAUGGGUUACUCAUGAUGUGUGCUGCCCUCUAUCUGGUCUUGAGGGAGAGUCGGCUCCUCUCUCAAAAGAGUGACAAUGAGAUGUUCAAUAUGGUGUUUGCUGGGCGCUACAUCAUACUCCUGAUGGGAGUCUUUUCUGUCUACACUGGAAUCAUCUACAAUGACUGCUUCUCAAAAUCACUUAAUAUGUUUGGAUCGGGCUGGAGUGUGAGACCCAUGUUUUCACCCAAGGGAGGCAACUGGUCAGUGAAAACACUUGAAGAUAAUGCAUUGUUACAGAUAGAUCCAGCAGUAGAAGGAGUUUUCGGUGGACCUUAUCCUUUGGGUAUUGACCCGAUCUGGAACAUUGCCCAAAACAAGCUCACCUUCCUCAACUCUUUUAAGAUGAAGAUGUCCGUCAUUCUGGGUGUGGUCCACAUGCUGUUUGGGGUCACCCUCAGCUUGUUCAAUCAUCUGUACUUCAAGAAGCCUCUGAACAUCUUCCUUGGUUUCAUCCCUGAGAUAGUCUUCAUGAGCAGCCUCUUUGGAUAUCUGGUCCUUCUUAUCUUCUACAAGUGGGGUGCCUAUGAUGCUGCCACCUCCAAGGAUGCCCCAAGCCUGCUCAUUGCCUUCAUCAAUAUGUGUCUCUUCAACUACAGUGACCCCACAAACAAGACCCUCUACAGUGGACAGAUGGGGAUCCAGUCUUUGUUGGUGGUGAUUGCCCUUGCAUGUGUUCCCUGUAUGCUGGUUGUGAAAACAAUGGUGCUUCGUCGUCAGUACCUGUGGAAGAAACACCUGUCACAGAAGAGGGAAGAAAGCCCUGCUGAGAAUCUAGAAUCUUUAGAACAAACAGGUGUGUCCUCAUCAUGCACGGGACUCACUCAACAGGGCACUCAGAAAUUUGGUGGGGUCCGGGUUGGUAACGGGCCCACAGAAGAUGAAGCAGAGAUCAUUGAGCACGACCAGCUGUCUCAGCACUCUGAGGAUGAUGAGCAUGCAGAAGAGGAAGUGUUUAACUUUGGAGAUGUAGCAGUCCACCAGGCCAUCCACACCAUUGAGUACUGCUUGGGCUGUAUCUCCAACACAGCCUCCUAUCUCCGCCUUUGGGCUUUAAGCUUGGCUCAUGCACAGCUAUCUGAGGUGCUGUGGGGGAUGGUCAUGCGCCUCGGCCUGAGCUCCAGGAGCUAUGGCGGCUUCUUCGGCUUAUCCAUCAUUUUCUCAGCCUUCGCCACGCUCACCGUUUGCAUCCUGCUGAUCAUGGAGGGCCUGUCAGCCUUCCUGCAUGCUCUCCGCCUGCACUGGGUGGAGUUCCAGAACAAGUUCUACACAGGACAGGGAUUCAAGUUCAUUCCGUUCUCCUUCGAUAGCAUUCUGGACGGAAGAUUUGAUGAGUGAAUUCAUCCGCUCCCACAUCAGCCGCUGUUUCCUCUGCCACAGCGUAUAGGAGCCUGUCUUGUGUUGUGUACCAUUGGUGAGAAAUGCUGUGUUGUCUUUUUUGCUGAAGGGGCCAUUUGAAUGAUUCAAGGUAGCUUUGUUGUUUUAAGCUGUGUGUAAAAAAAAAAAAAAAAAAAUGACAGCCAAUUAAAUGAAGUGCAAAUGUGAGCACUGCUAGCUAAAAAAUGUAUUGGCUUUAUGUACGUAAGACAGACAAACUAAAGCGGUCAAACCAUCAAAUGAAGCUGUCAUUUCACUACUGUUUUUAUUGCCCCCCCUCCCCCAUAGCUUUUGAUAAGCUUCUAAAAUUCUGUGCUCACCUCAGUCAGAUAACGACUUCAUGAAACUGCCUCUGUCUGACAAAAAACCCCAAGUUUAAAAAACGCCAGAGCCAUCUGUGCACGGUAUUACUGCGAUAAUCUUACUCCACUUCUGAAGUCUGCCUUUGCAUUCUUGGCCGUUCCAUUCCAGAUCUUGCAAUACACUUCAAAGGAAGGACAAUCAAUAUUUAAUCUAAGUCAUAUUUUGCUAAAUUGCCCACAAAGUACUUUUUCCUGCUUGUGUGUGAGGGGUUUCAGUUUAUUGACUUUUUUGGGGUCGGAGGUCACAUGGAGCGUCCGCUAAUAACAUAGCUGAGCUGAAUCAUACCUUUGGCCCACUGUCAAAAUAAAUGCUUAUUGCAUACCACAAGCUUCCACACCCCUUAGCAUCUCAGAAUCCCCAAUACCAGCAUCUCCAGGCUUCCAUCGCCCACAACAAACCUGGGUGACCCCAGUCACCAUAAUCUGCAGUUUCUGCACCACCUGCUGAAAAAAGUUUGGGAUGUUUUCCAAAAUAAGCAUCACCAUUCUGCCAAUGCUGUUAUGUUUGAAUGUUGUGAUGGUCACUUCUCAAUAUGUAGACAUAUCUCUUGUGUGCAGGGGGGGAUAUCAUUGUGUCAUGAUUAUUCUGUGAGUGACAGUAAACACCUUAAAUUACGCUGGUGGUGUUCUGUGAAAACUCGUGUGUUGCGAUUAACUGUAUUUAUUGUGCUUGUUGAUUGAAAACAGAUGAUCACAGUAAACAAAUUAAACCGUAAUCGAUGUGGUGGUGUGGUUUGUUUUGAAAUGAAGUUGCUACUUCUCAGGAAAUUGAGCUGAUUGUUGUGCUGGAAUUUAUUCUUGACAUUGUUUAUUGUGGGAGAUGUAUACAUUUCUGUUUAAAUAUUAAAGACAAUCAGUUGGGUAGGUA